AUGAAGUUAGAUGAACUUCCAAUUUUUUUAAAUCAGUUUGAAGCUGCAACUAAAAAACCAGAAAAAUACUUGAGCUCUCAAGAAGAUGAAGCCAAAAAUAUUUUAUCAUUGACUCAAGAGUUAUAUGACUUUGGCAAAAAAAAUGAAUUUCCAUUAAAGGAAAGUGAAGCAUUAGAACAACUGGUUACUUCAAAUUUGGAUGAAGAACAAAUAUGGCAGCAAAUUGAACUUCAAAACAAUUCAAUUUAUGAUAAGCUUGUUAAUAGCUUAGCACAUUUACUGAGUAAAAGAGACAAACUUAAAUUUCCUAUAAAAAAUGAUAAAAAGAUAAGCGAGAAAAAUAAUAUAAAAAAUGGUAAUAAAUCAGAUGUUAAUGUCAAUAUUUCUGAUAAAGAAGACCAUGCUUCCACUGAAGAUGUCAAAAAUAAAAAACAAAAAAAAAAUUUGACUGAUGCAAAAAAAUUGAAAAAAUCAUCCGUUGUCGAUGAUAAAUUUUUUAAAUUACACGAAAUGGAAGAAUUUUUAGAAAAAGUAGAAAAAGGAAUAGAUGGAAAAAAUAAAAAUAAAAAAAAAGAUUCUAAAAGUGAUGAUGAUGACGAUGAUGAUGAUGAUGAAGAAGAUUAUGACAUUGAUUAUUUUAAAGAAAGUUCCGAUUCUGAUAAUGAUGAUGACAAAGAAAAUAAUCCUAAAUAUGAUGAUUUUUUCGAUCAGCCUGAUGACGAUUUUAAAACUGGUGUUAAGAGACCUUCCAAUGAAGAUGAUAAUGAUGACAGUGAUAUUACUGAUAAUGAGAAUCAAAAUAACAAAAGAAAAAAAGUAAAAUUUUCCCUAAAUGAUCAGGAAGGGGAAGAUUCUGAUUUUUAUGAUGAUAACAUAAAUAACAGUAAUGAUAUCGAUGAUGAUGACGAAGAAGAUGAUGAUGAUGAUGAUGAUAAAGAUGCAGAUAGUCUAUUUAAUGAAAACGAUGAUGAAGAAGAAACAGAAAAUGAUAAAAAUGAAAAUGCAACUCCUUCCAACUUUGAAGCAAGACAGGAAAGAUUGAAAAAAAGAAUAAGCAAUUUAGAAGAAAGUGCCUUAAAAGAAAAACCCUGGCAAAUGAAGGGAGAAAUUACUGCCGAUAAACGACCACAAAAUUCACUACUUCAAGAAUAUGUCGAAUUCGAUUUAGCAACCAGGCCAGCUCCUGUCUUAACUGAGAAGAGUACAAUGAGGCUUGAAGAUAUUAUUUUGCAAAGAAUUAAAGAUAAAGCUUGGGAUGAUGUUGUUAGGAAAAUAAAACCAACAGAGGGAGAAUUGGAGUAUAAAAAAAGAAUAGUACUUGACCAAGAAAAAAGUAAAUUAAGUUUAGCUCAAAUUUAUGAACAAGAAUAUUUAAAACAAGUUGAAAAUAAAGCAUUCGAUGGUAGUAUUGAUAAACCAGAAGUGGAACCUCCUGAACAUCAAGAAAUUAGGGGAAUGUUAAAAAGUUUAUUUCACAAAUUAGAUGCUUUAUCAAAUUUCCAUUUUACACCCAAACAAAUUGUUCCAGAGGUUAAAAUUGUUAGCAAUUUACCUGCUAUUUCUAUGGAAGAAGUAGCUCCAGUAGCCACGAGUGAUGCUACCAUGUUAGCACCAGAAGAAGUGAAAGCAAAGAGUAAAGGAGAAUUAAUAGGAAAAAGUGAAAGGACCACUACUGAUAAAAAACGAGAGAGAAGACAGAAAAAGUUAAAACAAAAAUUAAAAUAUAAAAAAUUGGAGGAAAAAACAGAAGAAAAACUUGAAAAUGCAAAUAAGAACAGUUUAAAAAAUAAACAAAUAUCUGAUAAAUUAUUGCAGAAAAUUACCAAAAGUAGAAAUGUAACAUCUGUGAAGCCAAGCAGCGGAAAGCCUAUAAGAUCAUCUGCAGCAUUUUUUUCAAAAUUGCAAGAUGAAACGAGUAGUACAAUGAGUAAGAAAAGUUUAAAAUUGAACGAACCAAAAUUAGUUUUUUUCGGUGGUUAUUUUGUGUGA